AUGUGGUUCGAUGGCACGUCCAACGCCCUAGGCCAUGGAAUUGGGGCAGUUUUGGCCACUCCCGACAAUCAAUGCAUACCCUUCAUGGCAAGGUUAGGUUUCGAUUGCACGAAUAACAUGGCUGAAUACGAGGCAUGCGCCUUUGGGAUCCAAGAAGCAAUUGACUUCAACGUCAAAUUGCUCAAAGCCUACAUCAAGAAACUGACAAAGUUCUUCAAUGAUAUCUCCUUCCACCAUAUUCCCAGAGAGGAGAAUCAGAUGGCCAAUGCACUUGCUACUCUAGCAUCCAUGUUUCAACUAACCCCGCAUGGAGACUUGCCGUACAUCGAGUUCAGAUGUCGCGACAAGCCUGCACAUUGCUGCUUGACAGAAGAGAAGCAAGAUGGUAAACCGUGGUACUUUGAUAUUAAGCGAUACGUCGAGGACAAGGAGUACCCACGGGAGGCUUCCGACAAUGACAAGAGGACGUUGCGAAGGUUAGCAACUGACUUAUUUUUAAGCAGAGGUAUCUUGUACAAGCGAAAUCAUGAUAUGGUCUUGCUCCGAUGUGUGGACACCAAAGAGGCCGAACAAAUGCUCGUGGAGGUGCAUGAGGGGUCCUUUGGGAUGCAUGCCAAUGGACAUGCCAUGGCCCGAAAGAUUCAGAGGGCAGGGUAUUACUGGCUCACCAUGGAAAAUGACUGUUGUAUCCAUGUGAGAAAAUGCCACAGGUGCCAGGCAUUCGCGGAUAAUGUCAAUGCUUCGCUCAUGCCUUUGAACGUGUUGGCAAUGCCAUGA